CGCCAACAUGUUCUGGGGUUAUACAGUGCAGUAUAUGUGGUACAAGUCAGCCCAUCGGGGAAAAGAUGACAAUCCUAGUGUUAUAUCGGAACGGUCGGAUUUCACGUGACAAUACGAGUAAUUUACAGCGGGAAAGCACAACACAGUAAUACGCCGGCAUCACUCCGGCGUCUUUACCUUCACCACAUCGCUUACCAGUUCCCCUUCUGGCCUCUUCGUCAACCCCACUCACCUGCGUCAAGCACUGUCCAUCAUGCUUUGACGGUUUCCACCCGUCUCAUGCGCCUCAUGCGCCACCGGCCCUAGCAUUUAUCCCCCAAUGGAGCGCGCUUGACCGCGUAGGACUGUCAUCUCGCUUCCCAGUCCGUUUGAUUGAGCGCUGCAACCGAGGAUCGGCGUCGUUUUGAUGUUCUUCAUCCACAAGGCCAAUCGCGCGUUCCGUCUGUUCGGUUGCGCGCCGGCGUGGCGUGGCCGUGGCGUACGCGGUGAAGAGGCUAAAUGUGCUCUGUAGACGACCAGGGCAGACAGUGUUGUUUUAGGAGAUAUGACCGAGGCUGGUUAAUGUGUGAUUCUCUGCGGGGGAAAGCUUUUGGAUGGCCGUUGGGGAAGGCCACGGGAUGGAUGGGCAGAGUGUAAUUUGGGGCCAGAUGGAUUAGGCCACAGACGACGCCCUAUACUUGGAUCUCUAGGCUUGCAAUCCUUCUCUUCCUUCUUGGCUCGCCGCGUGUCUACUUUAGGACUUUGAUUGGACUUCUGGAUGGUCUAAUAUAGCCGCAACAAGCUAGGGACUGAAGCCUGAAGUAAGGGUUCCUGGAGGCCGUUUGGUCGACGCAAGCCAAUACCCUAGGAGGUGACGCAAAUGUCACUUUCUGACAGCCCCACAGCGGCCUCGAUAGUGCCCGCUGCUUCAUCCCAGUACAAAGGACGACGGGAUAGUGUGGCCCGAUGGUAUAGUGCUAGAGGUCGGUUAUUACUUAGAGUGUGCCCUCUAGUUUCGGUUAGGGGGACAGGUUGACCUUUUUUCAACGUCGUCGACGAUUCGACUACUCCAUCAAAUAUAUAUGUGGAAGUAAGGCAGCUUCCACUUCUUUUUCCGUGCUGUAUUCCCCACUGUUUGAAAUCGACUGGCGGGCAGCUUGAUCGGCAUGCAGGCUAUACGUACGUUGGAGCAGACUAUACGUGCGUUGGACUCGCCCUGGCAUAUAAACUUCGAGCUACGGCCGUAAUACCAAUGAACUGCGCUUGCUGUAUGAGGAAAGGAGAAGCCAGCCCUUACAUAUCCUGGGAAGCCAUUGAUGCUACCAGAGACGUUCACCGAGUCUUUGUCAGUGACUGGAGUUGAUAUUUAGGGACCGAUCUCCUGUUCGCAUAUAUUACCACAUCACCCAGCUCCGCUCGAGGAUCCUGUCCCUUUCCCAGGCGUAGAGCCACAUAGUAGAGGGCAAACCUUAUAUCGGCACCCCAACUCGCCGCCGCAAUGUCUAGUAGCAACCCGGAUAGUCUCGUUUCCCCCAAGGAAUUCGAGUCGCAAAGGGCGAGCAAUAUUGACCUCCAAGCACCCAAGAGCCCCGAAAUGGAUAUUACGGCAACGUCUGUGACAGUGGUCCCUUGCGUCGGAUCCGAACCCGAGAAAGACAUCCAGAGUCACGUCGUGGCCACGAGUACGGCUAACAAACAUGCUGUGCCAUGGCCUCAUGUGGAACCAUGGAGGAGGAAUGUUGCACUGGCAGGUAUCUUUGUUGGGGUGUUUUUCUCGACUCUGGACACAACUAUCAUAGGGACGGCGCUGGUCAGUAUCGUAGAGGAGCUCGGAAGCUUUUGGCUAUCGCCAUGGAUCGUCCUGGCCUAUCUCUUGACAUAUAUGAGUUUCGCAAUGGCCAUCGCGCGACUAAGCGAUAUAUACGGCCGUAAAACCAUUAUGCUUGUCUCCUGGGCGCUCUUCAUGGUCUUCUCGCUCGCCUGCGCCCUCUCACACACGAUCCGCCAGCUCAUCGUUUUCCGUGCCUUCCAGGGCCUCGGCGGCGCGGGACUUUACUCCAUGGGAAUGGUCAUGAUCGCUGAGGUUCUGAAUCCAUCGAAGUUCGCGGCCGGCGCGGCGUGGAUCGGACUCACUGUCGGCGGGUCGGGAGUGCUAGGUCCUAUAUUGGGUGGUGCGAUAUCGAAUCAAUCGACUUGGAGGUGGAUUUUCUAUAUGAACCUACCAUUUUCCGUAAUCGCCAUGGCGUCUAUCUUCUUCAUCUGGCCGGCUAGCGCGAAGACUUCUGAUAGCGGCAAAUGGCGUACGUUUCUGAGUAUCGACUUUGUCGGUGUACUGUUCAUGAUGGGAGGCUCGGUAUGCUUAGUAUAUGGCCUGCAGAGGGCGACGACGGGAGGACGUUCCUGGGGAGAGGCGGUUAUUGUCACCUGCCUCGUACUGUCGGGCGUGUUCUGGGUCGCAUUUUUUUCGUGGGAAGGCUUCCUUGGCACGCGUUCCUGGUCGAAUAUCGAACCCAUAUUCCCAAUGCACAUUCUCAAGCGCCGCGUCAUGGCUGCCGCUUUCUGCUCCAUAUUCUGCACCGGCUUCCCCUUGAUAACAGCCACCAUCCUCCUCCCCGAACGCUUCCAGCUCGUCAACGGGUCCUCCCCACUACAGGCAGGACUCUCUCUCCUCCCCCUCGCCGCCGCCACCGGCCUUGGCUCCUUCGUCGGCGGCGCAAUCUCCUCCGGCCGCAACCUCACCUCCCCAACCCUCAUAGGCGGCUCUAGUCUCCAACUCCUUGCCCUCGGCCUCCUAACCACCAUCCCCGACACAUUGAGCAUCCCACAUUACCUGUACGGCGUAGAAGUUCUCCUCGGAAUCGGCGUUGGAAUGUGCCUCUCAGCCGGUACGCUAAUAGUCACCCUAAACUCGGAGGUAGGCGAGAUCGCGGCCACGCAGGGCGCAACGGCGCAACUGCGUCCACUGGGUGGCUUCAUCGGACUCACUAUUGCUACAGCGCUGUUUAACGCCCGUUCCGAGUCUGCUUUAGGGGGUUUUCUCUCGGAUGCGCAGAUGGAGGCGCUGCAUCGAAGUCCGUUAGGAGCGUUGACAUUUGAACCCGAUGUGCUGGCUAUGGUGCGGGCGGUGUAUGCAAAAGUGUUUAGGGUGCAGAUGACGGCGCUUACUGGGGUUGCUGGGCUAGGGGUGCUGGUUGCAUGUGCGUCGUGGGAGAGGAAUGCGGUUGGGAUGGAGAGGAUGAAAGUGCAUUCGGGGGUUGAGACGGAGGUGGUAGAAGUGAAGGAAGAACGGAAGGAACGGAAUGUAGAGGUUUGAUAUAUGCGCCUGAGAGACAAUACCUGUGCUUCUAGACAUGUCUCAGCACUGGCUUAGGGCGGAGAAACGAAAGGGAAAUAUCUUAAGCUUACAGGCUGCAUACGACGACGACGGUAUCGAGCAAUUCGCAUUUUAGCGGGCGGGGGGCCUUUUUUUAAGGAAGAGUAGCAUUGUCAGGCGUUUGUAUAAUUUCGGUUUAGAUGGAAGAUAUCCUGGGUAUGAAAUAAUGAAGAUGAUUUGCCUAUUUCACAGUAGGUUGGCUCAUCGCUUCAUCCAUAAUGAUAUCUAGUUCAAAAUACUGGUAUAUAUUGGAAUUGAAAGAAGAGAAA